UCCCCAGCAACACACUGAGAAUGGAGAUAGUAGAUGGUUGCCAUUUUUCCCCAUCUGAAUUCUUCUAUGACAGCUCCUGCAUCCCUUCUCCGGAGGAAGAAUUUACUGAUGACUUUGAGCAUGAUAUGUCUGUCUAUGGUGCUCCUAAGCAAGGCUUCCAGGAAUCCGAUGAAGAGGAACAUGUUAGAGCACCCACCGGUCAUCACCAGGCUGGCCACUGUCUCAUGUGGGCAUGCAAAGCCUGCAAAAGAAAGUCAUCCACUAUGGACAGAAGGAAGGCAGCUACAAUGAGGGAGAGAAGGCGCCUGAAGAAAGUGAACCAUGCUUUUGAAACCCUUAAAAGGUGCACCACAGCAAACCCCAACCAAAGGCUGCCCAAAGUGGACAUUUUAAGAAAUGCCAUCAAAUACAUAGAAAGUCUCCAAGAUCUUCUAAGAGAACAAGUCGAGAGUUACUACAGUCUCCCGGGACAAAGCUGCUCUGAGCCUAACAGUCCAGCAUCCAGCUGCUCAGAAGGCAUGGCAGAUUGCAUCAGCCCACAAUGGAGAAGAAAUGGUGGAUUCGAAAGUGCCUACUGCUCUGAACUACCAACAUCUUUUCCUUCAAACAAGCUCUCAGCACUCUCCAGCCUUGACUGCCUGUCUAGUAUAGUGGACCGCAUUGCCUCUUCCGAGCAAUGUGUUCUCCCUCUGCAAGACUCCAUCUCCUUAUCUCCAUCCAACAGUACUAACUCCUUGCCAAGCACCCCUGAGACCCCAGAUGCAAGACCUGUGUAUCAAGUGCUUUAAGCUCAGUAACAUGAGUGUUAACCAACACGUGAAUUGCAACGAGACAUUUCCUAAUAUUCAAAGGGUCAACAGCCUUUUAUAUAGACUGUGUACAUAAGGACUUUUUUUUUUUUUAACAAAGCUAAAUUAUAUUUUUCCUUUGCUAUCAAUCCUAUUUAACUGGACUUUAUCUAAUCUUCAUUCUUGGUGGUAUUUACUUUAAUGAAAAGAAAACAACACAAGCUUCUUGUUAAAAAUGACUUUUUAUGAAUGAAAUAUUCUUCCUUGUUAUGUUUAAAUGACAUUUAGCGCACUUUGUCAUUUAGAUAUGGGAAUUUUUAACAAAGCAGUCUUGCGUUACGUUAUGAAAGUUUGAUAAGUGUUUUAUUUUUAUUUUACACGUUUUUAUAUUCUAAGAUGAGAGCUACAUACACAUUGUGAACUGAUGUAAUUUGUAUGAAUGACAAUGCAACAGGCUUAUUUAUUUUCCACUGCUUCAAAUGUCCUAAACAUAAAAAAACUUUUUUAAUCUGUAUAUAUCUACAACAAGGGUUGAAAACACAGCAUUACAUUGUAGCAAUGAAUAGUAAAAAAAAAACCUCCAUAAAGGGGAAGAUAAAACAAGUUGAUGCAGUAACUCAUAGCAACCAGUUUAAUUCCUCUUUCACUAAACAGAACUUGUUGCUAUGACUAAUUGCACCUAACUAUUGCUCUGUGUUCUGCCUUAAAUAAGUAAAAAGCAUUAUGAUAAUAUUAGCCUUAUCAAGUACAUCUUUACAAUUGCCUGUAUCUUUGUCGAGUAUGAAAGCUCUCUAAUGUAUAUUUGCAGAUAAUGUUUUGCACAUCAUUUUUCUUUUAUUACUUUUAUUAAUAAAAAUGUUAAACUAAA